UUUGUUACGAAUUGCCCUGCGAUGAUUGUGGGUGUGUACUGGUGAAUCUGUUCUACGCCAAUAAUAAAAUGUUGACAAUUGUACAUUUUUCGUGCAGCUGUGUAUAGAAUAUUAGUAAAAAUGCACAUGUUGAUUUUAACAACAUUUAAAUCCAUAAAACAGAAAUACGCAGAGCUCUCUUGACGUAUAUGAUACUGGUAUUUGUAAUUAAUCAUCACAAUACAAUCUUCUCCACAAAGACAGAGCACGUUCCAGCCUUCUCAGUUUCUGUCCCUCUUGACGCUGGGGCUCCUCCCAUUUCCCCGGACCAGGCGAGUUGUUCCCAGGUUUGUUUGGUGUUGGAUGAGCAGCCACCUCACGGACACAGCCUGCUGGAGUUUGCAGAGUAAAGCAAGCGGCAGAUUACAGAGACUCAAUGCAGAGUUCUGUAGGGGCAUCAGCUAGUCGUCGAGCGGAUUGAAACCACAGAGACUCAGUGAAGAGACGCGUUUAGUAAAACAAGAAAAAAAAAAAGAUGCCGAAGGAGAAAAGUUAGAGGCGGCCAGCGCUGCAGUGCUCCAGGCUAUGAGAAAGCGUAAUACAUACAAACAGAAGUUAAUUGAACAUUUAAGAUGGGUUUGUGCUGAAGAUUGAAAAAAAAGUUUUUGCUUUCUCAUGCACCUGCUCACAACUGCGAGGAUGUUGUUCCAGUGAAGCUGUGAACGGAAAUACCGCACGGUCCUCAGAACAAGAAAGUGGUUGCACCGGCCACAAACAAAACUCUGCUAGCGCAUGUAACACGUCUAAAUAAAACACAGUGCACGGACGUAAACCGCAGAUUAUAGAUGAAGUAUGGAAAUAACAUCUAAAUAAUACCGGACACAGAUCUACAGUUUCUGAUGUCAAUUCAAGUUUUAAACUGACAGCAAAACACUUUUUUAAUGGGAUGUAGCUUUAGCUUUAAUAAAUUGCUUUAAGUAAAUUGCGAAUUUUGACAAAAAAUACAACUGACCAAACCUCAGCACAAAAUAUCGUUCCUGUGUGCGUUGCUUUCUGUUUAUCACUUAGGACAUUGUCAAAGCCGUUUAGCCUAUGACAGGUGUCCUCUGGCUCGCGGGGGACGGUGACAGCUUGACGAUGGGCAGGAGUGACGCCGGAGGUAACAGCAUGAGCGCUAGCAGUGAGGGGGUCGAAUCACUCAAGGGUGUCACCAGACUUCACGGCAUCGCCGGCUGUGAUGACAGCGACAUUCUAGCAAGAUCAUUCGAGGCGAGCUGUGAGCAGACCGAGGUCGAUACAGCCUCGUCAGAUAACCAGUCCAGCCCAGCCAUGGUGAAGAAACACCAGCAUAAACACAACCUGAAACACAGGUACGAAAUACUGGAGACGCUUGGCAAGGGGACGUAUGGAAAGGUGAAGAAAGCCGUGGAGAGGGCGACUGGCAAGACCGUUGCCAUCAAAUCCAUUCGAAAGGACCGGAUCACUGAUGAGCUUGACAGGGUUCAUAUUCAGAGGGAGAUUGAAAUCAUGUCAUCACUCAGGCACCCCAACAUCAUCCGCAUUAAUGAAGUCUUUGAAAACAAAGAUAAAAUCCUCAUUGUUAUGGAGAAUGCCAGCAGGGGGGAGCUGUAUGAUUACGUUAAUGACCGACACAGGAUCCCAGAGCAGGAGGCACGUCACUUCUUCAGACAGCUCACUUCAGCAGUGCAUUACUGUCACACGAAUGGAGUCGUUCACAGGGACCUGAAACUGGAGAACAUUCUUCUCGAUCAGGACUACAAAGUCAAGCUGGCAGACUUUGGCCUGUCAAACCAUUUCAAGAAGGAGCAGGUCCUGCAGACUUACUGUGGGAGUCCCCUCUACGCCUCUCCAGAGAUCGUCAAUGGACUGCCUUACAGAGGGCCUGAGGUGGACUGCUGGGCUCUAGGUGUCUUGCUUUACACCCUGGUGUAUGGAAGCAUGCCAUUCGACAGCACUAACUACAAGACUCUGACGGAACAGAUCAGCCGUGGCGAGUACAGGAAGCCCCACCAGCCGUCAGAUGCUUGUGGGCUGAUCGACUGGAUGCUAACAGUUAGCACAGAGGAUCGAGCGACUGUAGAAGAUAUCGCAAACCACUGGUGGGUAAACUGGGGCUACACUGAGUCAGUGUGUGACUGUGUCACUGGGGAGGACUGUCCCUCUCCAUUACUGGCACGCUAUAUCGACUGGCAGAACCGACCCAUUGCGCAAGAACCCAAUAGCGCACCAGAUCUUCAGCUUUAUUUUAGCUUCCCUCUGCUUCACACGUCCAAGGGUGAGCAGGCAACUUGCUUGAAGAAGUCCAAAAAGGAGAAUGACAUAACUCAACCUCAACAAAGAACCUUCAGCAGAACAUCGGACAAGAAGCCAAAAGGGAUCCUGAAAACCAGGAGCAGUUUUGAUUCUGCAUGCCUUCCUUGCACAAUCUCUCAGCUAUGCACCCCAGAGAAUCAGGACAAGCUCCUCCCAGCUGCAGGCUCCGGCAGCCCAAAGGCUCUCCCUAACCAUGGUAAGACACCAGUGUCAUCCAAAAUGCCAAAGAAGGGGAUCCUCAAGAAGCGCUACCAGAGGGAGUCAGGGUAUUCUUCAUCUCCAGAGAGGAGUGGUUCCCUGGACAGCUCAGGCAAGAGUGAAACGAAGCAGCCAGGGGAGGAAUCCCAGCCAACAGGAGGCAUAGUGCUGCGGAGAAAGGGGAUCCUCAAACGCAAUGGAAAGUUUUCUGCCAGUCUUGAUCUGCCCGAUGACAUCUCAGUGCUCAAGCUCUCUGAAUCCCUGAAACACUUGAUCCUGUCCAGCGGGUGCAGCAGGCAGCAGCAGGAAGCUCAGGCUCACAGCCGGCCGCCCAGCGUCAUCAGCGACGACAGCCUGCUCUCCAACGACUCCUUCGACCUCCUGGACUUGGCUGCGGCUGAAAACAAGAGAUGCUUCUUCACCCAGAGCGGCCAGCACAGCCUUCACAGCUCUGAGGAGCAGGAGGAUGCAGAGGCAGGAGGGAAGUUGAGGGAGGGGAGAGUCGAAGAAAUGACACUGGAGGAGAGAAAGGAAGUGUACUGCUAAGCUCAGAAGAUAUGUGAACACUGAUAGCACUGGAUUCUAACCUGGCUCAGUUUAUCUGAUUGGAGGAAAUGUUGUUCCCAGCAUAACAGAAUGGUACACUCUAGACCCUAUUCUGAAGCGUUUUCCGAGAGGAACAAAACUAUUUUAUUACUAUAGCAAGGAAGUUAUAAGAUGAAGAAGUACUUCCUUGCUAGUUUUAUGUCAUUUAAAAUAAUUUCAUUCCUCUGAAAAUUUGCACUGCCUUCAAAAUAAGGUACUAUGUUAUGUACAAUAUUGUAAGCCACAGAUCUGCAAGCUUUCAGUUUUAGUUCCCUUGUUAUGCCAGGAUAACACUGAAAACAUCCAUGCACCAGCUAAGGUGGUGAAUUCAAAGUAACAUCAAUACACAUUUUUUCUGUAAUUGCUACUCUAAGGAUCUGUCUGUCUGUCUGGGCUGGAAUUGUUUCUCUCAAAAGUUCACUAUCCGGAAGAGCCUAUGUAUUCUGGAGCUGUUUUCAGGUUACUGCUGAUGGAAGGAAGCCUAGCCAUAUAGAAAGUAGGCAUAGCACUUAUUUAUUUUUACUUGUACUCAGUCUUACAGCCGGAGUGGAACUGAGAUGCAAGGAAGACAGCAGCCUCACACAGCAUCCUCUUUGCUAAAGUUCAUGACGUGCAGCUGCUACAUAGAAAGCUGCGAAAUUCAUGCAACAUUGUUUAGGAACACUACUUUGAACCCAGUUGCAAGGAAUCCACAUUCACACAUGUACUGUAUGCAUCAUUGUAAAUAAUAUGGAAACACCAUUAAAAGCAUUUUUAGGGUAAUUGGUCUGGUUGGGUGAACACCUGUCCAACUAUUUAUUACACUGCCACCUUACCUAACUUCUAGGUUUUCCUAACAUUGAAGCAUUUCUGAAGGUGCAACACUGUAGACUGGCCCCCUCCUCUGUGUUGUUCUGCAGGUAUCGGAGUCCCUCAAUUUGUUCCUUUACAAUUAAAAUGAUAGUGGAGCUAUUAAAGGGCAGAAAAAACCUUAGCCCCCUCUUCAAACACAAAGGAUCUUAAUAAGCACAGAAAAAAGGCUGAGAUGUUUUAAUUGUGAAAUUGUGUUCUAAAUAUUUUGAAUAUGAUCUUAAAACAUAGCAAUUGAAAUAAAUCUUCAAAAUCUAUGGAUGUCUUAAAAUGGUUUUGGUACAUCUCAGUAAUUCAUUUUGUUGUGCAUGCCUGUGUUCUAAGCCGUGCUUUAUUAUACAUAUCUCUGCACACGCAGAAGAAGGAUGAAGAUAAGUGACAUGCCGGUUAGGGGAUUGCAGAACUUGUAGCUUAUAGUAGUUGACAGGAAAGAUACAAUGUCAUAUUAGCAGACACAUGUCUUUUGAAAGCACUUUGUAUUUUGUAACUUGUCAGUUACCAAACUGAGACAUUGGAAGAGUUUACUAAGCAAUUGCUGAAGUAUAAUGUUUGCACCAUUUUUCUACUAAAAGAAAAUUACAAAAGCUGUAAAAAGGAAGGAAGCCAUGAACAAUGCCUGAAGGCUACAGAGCCAGCAACGGCAUCCAAUCUCCUAAGUACAGGAUAACAUAGUCCAGCCAGUACCUGAGUUGUCCGAUACCCCUACAGAACUGCAGAAAUGUAUUACAGGGGGGUGAAUAACCAAUUUUAGAUUCCCACUAGGUGGUGCACAUGAGUUUCAUCAGUACAGAAAUGCAUAUGGUAAUGAACUCACUGACUGAGUUGAUUUUUAAAGCAAUAUGGCACAGCAGUGUGUUAUUGUGGGAUAUCUGUACGUCUCAGGUGCUUCAACCCCCCCUAGAAGUAUCCCUCAAUGCCAGAUUGCGAUUAUACAAUGGCUAUGAGGUCAUUUGUAACUACAAAAAUAGGUUUAAAGAGAACCACGGUGAUGCCUUAAGAUCAUCACAGCAAUGACAUCACACAGCCCAUUGAAAUAAAUAGGACGACCCUUGCCAUUGUAUAAUAUAAAGUUGAGACUGUCCUCUUCAUAGCAGGUAGCGGAGCAGGCAGGAUGGACACCAAGGGGUGUCUCACCUUGCGUUUAACAAACUACAUUUUAUUUAGUUUAAUUCAAUUAACUACGUUCUGGUUGUUUCCAUACUUCAUUUUGCACUUUUUAAACUUUAGCUACCACAAAGGUUAUAACAGUAGGAGUACAAAGAGGAUAAUGUUCCUCACAUUUGACAGAACGUAAUGGCGAGUACUGUAUUUUGUAAUUUAAAUUUAGAUGGUGCAAGACUGUGCAUGUAUGACUGUACUGCAUAUGAAUGACUUCUACUAUGAGAUUAAACAGGUACACCCUCAGUGGUGGUGCAAUAACAAGUCAAUAGACAAUUAAAGACAAAGAGGGUUAUUCAUGUAUGUGAUUAAUGUGCUACUUUUUUUUAAACUUGCAACUGCAAAACCUUUUAAAGAUAGAUAUAUUACCAAUUGCUAGUUUUGUUUUAGCCUGCCAAAGCCAUUGUGAGCUUCUUCAAGCAAGUUGCUAAAAUGUAACAUAUUGCAAAACAUCUCCUUUUAGUCUUUUUGUGUAUGUUUCAUUUUUGUGCACAUUUUUACAGUAAACGGCCAAUUAUUGUUUUCAAUACAUUGUGCAGAAUGGACAGUUUUACAACUCAGAACAACUUGAGAGAUUUUAACAACAAACCAAAAACCUUUAGACCAAGGUUCGAGUGGCAUGCAAACAAAUCUAAUAAUGGCAACAUAAUUAUUGUAAUUAUGUAUCUGUGUAUUUUGUUUUAUGGAAACCAAAAUAUUGUUUUUUGUAUG